AGGGGGCUACAAUCAGAAUAGGCCACCUGCUUUCUGAACCUUUCCUGUAGAGGAUCAGAAGCAGCACAGGAGAGGCCUGCUACCAAAUUCAUGUCUAUUAAUCUUGCCCUGGCAGUCUUAAGCAACUUAAACUGACUGUGCAUCAGUUUUGUCAUCUGUGUACAAAUGUAAGCCUCACUGCACGCAUCAGAGAGGGCUUCAGAUGUUAAUCUGUGGGAAGGGCACAGGAAGGAUCCAAAUAAUGGAUCCUUCAAGAAAUUUGGAAGGACUCCAGUUUAGCAUUUCAGACAGCACAGGGACGAUUAAUUCCAGAGGCAACCAUAAGGUUUUGUUUGGGAAGGAUAUCUGGAGGGAUCAUUAUGAUUUUUUUAGAGUUCUUAACUUGAAAUAGCAAUUAAUUGACUCAGCUGUUGUCUUAACAGUUGCUAGUAAGUGUUAAAGCAUCCUGGCCAAACUGCAGUCAGUAGCUGAGUGAGUAACUGCUGGAAGCAUCCAUGCCACACUUCUGGCUGUACAGGCUGUGUGUGGGAUGCACACAGCUCUCGGUGUGUGUGAGGAGUCAUGGCAGGACACAGCCAUUCUGUUGCUGAGUGCUGAGCUGAGCAGUGGCAGUCAGCAGAGCAAAGCAGCACUCAAUGGCUUUUAUCUAAACCAAGUGUUACAGGCAGCUGCAGUUCAUUGACUAAUGAGACAUGAAGAAAACGGCAGCACAAAUGAGUGUUGCUCUGUGAAAGCUACGCUAAAAUUCACAGAGCAGCUUUUAACAGAGCUAUUGUCAGCAAAGUUUUUAUUUUUGCUGGGCCUCAUCUAAAACCUUUUUAAAAAUCAGAAUACUUCAGCUACUUUAUAGCAUUUAUUAUUAAAUUUCAGGAAAUGUGCACUUAGCAUGUGCUGUACCACCUGUAGAGUGUAUGGGCUUUGCUGUUGUGACAGCCUGGGUUUCUGGUUAUGACUUUAUGAAAUUUCUGACAGUGCUGAGAAUGUGGCAUAAAGUGACUGAGCUCUCUGUCAGCUUACCUUGAAUCUCUUCCUGCUUCCUGAGCCCCAUGAGUAGGAAGUACACAAAACUCAAAGUGAGGAUUUGGUUCCACAGACCUGCCUCACCCCUGUGUGCAGGAACAUGGCCAUUUAUUGAAGUCUGUGGGUGGUGCCAAAGCAGCAACAACCUCAUUGGUGCCUUUCGUAUUUUGCAAUUUGCAGGUCUGAUUUUUUUUUCCAAGUGUAGAGGCAGUGUGAGGAGAGCAUGCUUUCUUUUCCAGUAGUCAUUACGAGGUGACGUGUGCCAAGGUAAGCAAGAUAAAUUGUUGAACAAAGUGCAUCUGCAAUUGAAUGCUGCUGAUUUUCACCUAAGACAGGUGAAAGACAGGCUGGAGAGAACACACUUGCCUUGAUCUCUUGUGGUUCUGAAGGCUGGAAAAAUCACAGAUCCCAAAAUUUUCACCAUGAAGAGCUCUGGAAAUGUCUUCUAUCUUUUCUUUCAUGCUGCUCUCAGUCUGGAACGUCUCCGGUGGUGCACUGUCUCUGAGCAAGAACUUUCCAAGUGUAAUGACAUGAGUAAGGCCUUUGGUGAGGCUGGAAUCCUUCCCCCUCUGCAGUGCACAGCAGGGGGGUCAGCUGCCAACUGCACCCAGAUAAUCAAGGAUGAUUUGGCAGAUGCAGUGACACUGGAUGGCCGUUUGAUUUACCAGGCUGGAAGGGAGCAUGGUCUGAAACCUGUGGUUGGGGAAGUAUAUGACCAAGAGAUUGGAACUUCCUAUUAUGCUGUGGCUGUGGUAAAGAAGAGCUCCAACAUAACCAUCAACAGCCUGAAGGGUGUGCGUUCCUGUCACACAGGGAUCAACAGAACUGCAGGCUGGGAUGUGCCAGUGGGUUAUCUGAUUGACAGUGGGCAACUGGCAGCUAUGGGAUGCGACCUUCCAAAAGCUCUAAGUGAAUAUUUCAAUGCAAGCUGUGUUCCUGGAGCAAAUGAUGUGAACUAUCCCAAAUCCCUCUGUGAGGUCUGCAUAGGGAAUUCAGCUGGAGAGCACAAAUGUGAACGAAAUUCCCAAGAGCAAUACUAUGACUACAGUGGGGCUUUCAGGUGUUUGGCUGAAGGUGCUGGAGAGGUUGCUUUUGUGAAGCACAGCACAGUGCCUGAAAAUACAGACGGAAGAAGUUCUUUCUUGUGGGCCCGGCGGCUUCGCUCUUGGAACUUCCAGCUCCUGUGUCGCAACGGCAGCAGAGCCGAUGUGUCAGAGUGGAGAACCUGCCACCUGGCCCGAAUCCCAGCUCGCGCUGUGGCUGUGCGGCCGGACAUAGAUGGGACAGUUGUCUUCCAACUCCUAAACCAGGGACAACAAAGAUUUAAUGGAGUGGGCGCCAAGUUUCAGAUGUUUGACUCUGCAGCCUACGGUGCCCAAAAUCUUCUGUUCCAAGACUCCACCACAGAGCUCAUUGCAAUCACAGCUCAGAAUUAUCAAACAUGGCUGGGUGAUGAGUAUCUUCAUGCCAUGCAAGCUCUGAGCUGCGACCCCAACACAUUGCCAGAGAGCCUGAACUGGUGUGUUGUAUCCACUGAGGAGAUUUGGAAAUGUGGUGAAAUGGCCGUUGCCUUUAGGAAAAAGAAUUUGAAACCGGAAAUUCAGUGUAUUUCAGCCAAGACAAAGGAAGAGUGCAUGGACCUGAUCCAGAAAAAGGAAAGUGAUGCCGUAGUUCUGGGUGGAGCAGAUAUUUACACAGCUGGGAAGAUGUAUGGCCUUGUACCAGCUGCUGGAGAAAGUUACUCUGCUAAUGACAGCAGCAGUGCAUACUAUGCUGUGGUGUUAGUGAAACGAAAUCUGUCCAAUGCAUUCACCAUCAGUGACCUGAAAGGGAAGAAGUCCUGCCACACAGGACUGGGGAGAAAUGCUGGAUGGAAUAUUCCCAUUGGCAUACUAAUUAAGAGGGGGAUUAUUAAGCCCAGAGACUGUAAUAUUCCUCAAGCUGUGAGUGAGUUUUUCUCUGCCAGCUGUGUGCCUUCAGCUGAGCUGGACAAUUACCCAUCAAAACUCUGUCAACUGUGUAUUGGGGAUGAGAGUGGAAACAAUAAAUGCAGUGCAAGUAGCCAAGAACGUUAUUACAACUACAGUGGAGCCUUCAGGUGUCUGGCAGAGGACUCUGGGGAUGUGGCCUUUGUGAAGCACUCGACAGUGUUUGAGAACACAGAUGGUAAUAACACUGAUAGUUGGGCCCAAAACUUGAAGUCCAGUGAUUUCCAGUUACUGUGUCCAAAUGGUGCCCGUGCUGAAGUCACCCAAUUUGUUGACUGUCACCUGGCUCAAGUGCCAGCUCAAGCCAUUAUGGUUCACCCAGAUAUCAAUGUUUUUGCUCUAUAUGGACUACUGGACAAAGCUCAGGUCUAUUUUGGAAAUAGCAGCAAUGGAAAUGGAUUCAAAAUGUUUGAUUCUUCAACUUUUCAAGGAAAAAACUUGAUCUUUAAGGAUUCUGCUGUUGAGAUUGUGCCAUUACAAGAGAAGAGGACGUACACAGAAUGGCUGGGGAGUGAAUAUGUUGAGUCCCUUGAAGGGCUGCAAACACCACAGUGCUCUGGGGCAGGCAAUAAGAUAACACAGUACUCCCUCGUGACUACUGUCAUUCUCCUUCUCGUUUUGUGUCAGAUACAAGGCUUGGACUAGCACGGUUCAAAUGGCAACUUCCAGGCCCCCUCUGCCUGACCACCUUCUCUUCAGAAAAGCUAUUUGAAUAAUGUGCUGUGCAAACAUUUCAAUGCCUCUUCCUGCCUAUUGCAGGGCAGGUGCCAACAGCACCUGCUCAUCAGGAGAGUGGGAUGGGGCUGGAAGCUGCCCCGUCUGUUUGGAUGGGGUGGAAUUUGGGACAGAAGGCAGCAAUACAGUAUUAACAUGGUUUACAAGAUCAGUCCAAAGCUGGAGCAUCUCUGUCAUUGUUGCUGAUGUUGAACUAUCCAGGAUUCCCAAGUACUGUUAGAUGCAUACUGGGCUUCUGACCUGCAGAAGAAUUUCUGCAUGUUGGAACGCAGUAUCAAAAACCUUGUCUAUUGAAUCCUCUCUGGCCUUCUGGCUGGUUAAGUUCAGACUCCACAUCCCUGCUUAACCCAUCCUACCCAGUUCCUCCUAAGCUCUGCUGCCAUAGAGGUAAGUGCACAGAGGACGGACAGGCUGUGGGCAGAAUCCAGUCUAGAAUACAGCUUCUGCUGUAGACAAAGUCUUCCAUCUUCCACUAGAAGGAAGUAGGGGAAAUUUCCGGAGACACUGAACAAAAAAGAAACCCAGAGAGACUUGUAGACAGAGAAAAGGACAAAGCCAUAUAUGACCAUCCACUGAGCUUGUUGACUUUACCAUACCCAGUACACUCACUGCUGGAGGGACAUGUCCUGUGAUCUUUAAUCUGAUGGUCCUGUCCUCCUACUAGCCUCAUUAUCCUGGGAUGAACAUACUUUCACUGUAAAAACAGAUAAUAAUCCUGUAAAUAAGUGAAAAUAAUAACUCAACAUGAGAUAUAAUUACAAUUUACCCA